AUGAAAUAUUUUCAAAAUGGAAUUAACUAAAUUUGUGCAUAAAUCAUCAGACCACUUAGAGCUGAAUAUCAACAGUAUGAUUUAGGUAUUGUUUAUUAUCAAUCAACUGUUUAGGUCCUAUCUAAGAUUAAACAUACACCAGAAAUGAUUUCGAUUUAGUGAAUCAUUGUCAACAGAGGAUAAAAGUAUCACUAUUUUAAGGUAAUGUUUAAAGUGAUGUCUGCAUCAUUUAUUUGCAUUCAGCCAAUGGAUGUAGAUUAGAAGCCUUAAGAUAUGUGAAUGAGAUCUUGAAUUAAAAUUACAUGUUUCUUACUUUUGAUUUUACUGGCAGCGGCAUAUCCGAUGGCAAUCAAGUGACUUAUGGAUACAGAGAAAUUUAUGAUUUGCAGACCGUCAUCACACAUAUAAGUCAAUAUGCUAAAUCUAUUGUUUUAUGGGGAAGAUCUAUGGGUUCUGUAGUUGCUUUGCUGUAUAUGCAGUAAUUUCAAAAUGUUUUUGUAAAAUGCUUGGUUCUUGAUAGUCCCUUUAUUUGUUUGUAAGAUGUAUUCAAAUAUUCCUAUUUGAGAUUGUAGUGCAGAUGGCUUCAAAACGAACCAAAAUUCCAAACUUCAUUUUGAACUCUCUAUCCUCCUAUGUUUCUGAUGAAAUCAAAAAUCAGUGCGGUUUUACAAUGAAUGAGAUCAAUUGGUAAUCAUAUUUUAAUAAUAUUUCUAGUUUAAAUAAUAUAAAGCUUAUAAAAAUACCUGCAUUUUUUAUCACCUCAAAGAUUGAUUCAAUAGUCUCGCAUGAAUACACUGAAAAACUAUUUAAUCAUUACUAAGGAAUCAAGACAAUCUAUUACACCAAUUAGGAUCACAAUGAAACAAGAGACUUUGCUUUGGUUGAUAAAGUGAUGAGUUGGUUAAAUCAACAAUUACUAAGUGUUGGUCAAAGAAUCAAACAAAAAAUAAUAUUUAAAGAUCAUCCGAUUCCAAUCAAAUUAAUUGAUCUCAACAGUUUCAAUAAUAAGGAGAGAUCCUCAACCUUCGAUGGUACCAGUAAUCUUAUUUUAGACAAUAGAAUUAUGUCAAUUUCUCCAAAACAAAAAAUAACUAAUAUUCAAUAGAGAUUCCAAUAGGUUUUAUAAACCUAGAGAUCAGCCUUCAUAGAAAGGUCUAUUUCUACUAAUAAGAUGAACAUAUCCGUGGAUGUUUAUGACACCAACUAAAUUAAGUUAAUGAACCUAAAUAAACUCAAAUAAUAAAACUAUUAUAAUUAACAUACUAAACCAAUCACAUUUACAAAAGUACCCAAUAAAACUAGGGAUUCCAGUCACCAUAGAUAUUGAUCAAAAC